UUGAACACUGCUUGAAAAUGAUUCGAUGAGUGUUCAAAAAUGAAAAACUCAAUCAUGAAGUAUUUUUAAUUAUUACACCAAUUUAUUACCUCAACCCAAACAACUUUCACAAACAUUUGUGGAUUUUUUCGGUCGUAAAUAAAAAGAGCCGUCAACGAUAGAACAAAUAUCAAACGAAUCUUCAAUUUACAUCAAUGAUUUUAAAUUAAUCAAGUGUGAUACGCGACUUAAUAAAUGCAAUCUUUGUUUGUAGUAAAAAUUUAUGAACCAGAAGCCACUCGUUUGAUCAGGUAUGAGAAAGUUAUUACAAGAAAGGCUCUAUUUUUCAGUACACUUCAGACAAAUAUUCAAACCCAGCCUCUGUUGAACUGCGCGUGCAAUCUCAAUUUACAGCUUUGAGCAACACUGAUCAACCAAAUUGUUCAUAAAUUCGCGACGCAUUGCUACUGGAUUUACAAUUAUGUACCAGUCAAUCCCCCAUCUUUCUAACCUGGAUCCGAAUUACGACUACUAUCUGUUCACGCCUCGACGAACAACGAGCAGGCGUCGAAUAGUGCCCACAUCUCCGGCUACAGAUCCCGCACUAUCUGAAUUGCGAGACCAACUUGAGGAGAACAACAGACUCUUGAGGUCGUUGAACCAACGAAGCGGGCAGAAUUCAGGUGUGAACACACCUCAAGGGAGUCAGAGGUCAGGAUACAACAACAACAGUCGAGGUCAUCCCGAUUCCAGAGGGGGUGGGCAACUGGGGUCAAGAGGAGGCCAAUUGGUGAAGGUUCCUCGACUGCCGAUUCCGGAGAUACCGUCUUCACCCGAGAUCAUGACGUCUGUGUUCAACGGACAGUUUAUGGAGCCGCUUUUGAUGCAGACGCAACGCGACAUGCAGAGAAAAUACGACGAACUGGAAGAAAAAUAUCGCAAGUUAGAGGACAAAGUAUCCUCACAGAAGCAGCAGAUCAAAUCUAUGCAGAGCCAAAAACACUACCAGCACGAACAGACAGAGAAGCAAAACCAGCUGAGAGACGUCCAAAAACAGCUGGAACAGAUCAAACAUGACAUUAAACUCAGAGAGAGAUUGGCCACGACGCUUCCCAAAGUCACGAUUCCUCCUCAUCCUCAUCCUCCUCAUUACCCUACAUUUCAUUCUAAAUAUUACCCAAGCUACGAACCCAGUAACCCCUACGGACACGGUGGUUACAAUCACAAAGAUUUAUUGUUACAUCAAGAGGUCGAUUUGCUCCACAAGGAAUUAAAUGCACUUGAUGCUAUGAAAUAUCAUCUUCACUAACAAACAAACACAAUUUUCCAUGCUUCGGAAAAAGAUCUGAAGCUUCAUGAACUAUUAUGCUUGCAGAUUGUAGUUACAA